CAUCACAUGUGCAUAGUCUCCAUUUCACGAAGCGUCAGACAAAAGGCUGCAGCUCACAUACGGCAGCCUCAUCUGUUGAGCCUCCGUCUUCAGGCAAGCAAGUGCGCCAAUCCGCAGCAAGUGCACCCUUUCGGAAAAAGUGCUUGUAAUACAGCAAGGUCAUUGAGCUCCUUCACGAUGGGGGCCGAUGCUACUCAACUACGCUAUGUCGAUAUCGGCAUCAACCUCACCGAUCCCGUCUUUCGCGGAGAGUAUCACGGAACUCAGAAGCACGAAAAUGACUUCGAUGACGUCCUUCAACGCGGACUAGAAGCCGGGUGCAAGAAGUUCAUGGUGACCGGCUCAGACCUCAAGCAGUCGGAGCAUGCCGUGGAAAUAGCCAAAGCGCAUCUCGGCCUCUGCUACGCAACCGUCGGCGUCCACCCCUGCUCCGCAAAGCACUUCGACAGCUAUCCCGGGGGCCCCAGCGCCCUCCUCUCUGCCCUCAAAGACCUUGCCCUCUCCGCCAAAGCAUCCGGCCACGUCGUCGCCUUCGGCGAAAUCGGCCUCGACUACGACAGGCUCUUCCUCACCGUCAAGGAAACGCAGCUCAAGUACUUUGAAGCCCAACUCGACGUCGCGGUCGAAGUUCAGCUCCCGCUCUUUCUGCAUAUGCGGGCCGCGGCUGACGACUUUGAGAGGUUGCUGCGGGACAGGCUGGGUGAGCUGCCGAAGCGGGGGCUCGUCCAUAGCUUUACUGGGACAGUCGAGGAGAUGCUGGGAGUGGUUGGUAUGGGGUUUGAUAUCGGGGUUAAUGGGUGCAGUAUGAAAACGGAGGAAAACAUCGAAGUAGUCCGCCAAAUCCCGCUCACCCAUCUCCAGAUUGAGACUGACGGACCCUGGUGCGAAAUGCGCCCCUCCCACGCCUCCGCCGCCUACCUCACCGACGCGCCGCCCCUGCCGCGCGCCGUCAAAAAAGAAAAGUUCGCCAAAGGCCUCAUGGUCAAGGGCCGCAACGAGCCCGCCACAAUCCCACACGUCGCGCACGCAAUCGCCAAGAUAAAAGGCGUCACUGUGGAGGAAGUGUGCGAAGCGGCGUGGCGUAACUCGAUCAAGAUGUUUGGAUUGGGAGAGACGCUGGAGGUGGAGUGAUCGGGUUCGGGUUCGGUGUGGUUCGGUGCGACGCGAUACGAGAGUGUUCGUGUAGCAGAUGCAGUGAAUGUGGAUGGACCGUUCGAGCCCGAUAGCGCAGGCGUUCAUGCGAUCCCUAGAUAGAUAUAGAAGCAUAGACAUGUGAAUCUGAGUUCCGUUCGCGAUCGGCUUGUGCACCUGCCGAUGGUGCAGAGCGCCGGUCGUGAGUCGACGGAGGGUUCAUGCCUUGACAAGC